AUGCUCGUCUACUCACUGCUAGCUCUCCUCCCUGCCGCGAGCCUCGUGCGGGCCCAGGUAGUCGCGCCAGGCAUCGAGCCGUUCGCGCUGUGUCUGCAGGGCACCGGCCUGAAGGUGGAGCUGCCCACGAACGCCACCUGGGACGCCUCGACCGCCGCCUUCAACACACGCUUCCACUACACCCCAGCGGCAAUCGUGUACCCGACCCACGCGGCCGACGUGGCCCAGGCCGUGCGCUGCGCAGGGCUGUUCGGCGUCCCGGUGUCGCCGCUGUCCGGCGGCCACUCGUACGCGGCGUCGGGGUACGGCUCGCGCGACGGCGAGCUGGUCGUCGCGUUCCGCGACAUGGCCGCCGUGACGUACUCCGCGGCCGGCCAGACCGCCGCCAUCCAGCCGGGCGCGCGGCUGGGCGAUGUGGCGCUGGCGCUGUUCAACGGCUAUGGCCGGGCACUCGCGCAUGGCGUGUGCCCGUAUGUCGGCGUCGGUGGACAUACUGCUUUUGGGGGCUGGGGGUUCGCCUCGCGCAACUGGGGCCUCAUGAUCGACCAGGUCGUCGCUGCUGAACUCGUCCUCGCUAAUGGAACGCUGGUGCACGUCAGCAACACCCAGCAUCCCGAGAUAUUGAAGGUCAGUGCGACGAUAACACAACCGAUCGCGCGGAAGCUCAGUUCCCACCAGGGCGUACGAGGGGCGGCUUCGUCCUUCGGCAUCGUCACGCAAUACACAUUCCAGACGCACGCGGCCCCGUCCAGUGUCGUCCGCUUCUCCUUCUCAUACAGCAAUCCGCAGCUGGCGCCGGCCGCGUUCGCCCAGGUCAUGGGUGCGUACCAGACGUGGGCCGCGACUGUGCCGAAGCAGAUGGGGAUCGAGGCGAAUAUCUGGGACUCGGGCAAGACGAUUGAGCUCGGCGGGUACUACAUGGGCCCGCUGGACCAGUUCAACGCAACCUUCACCCCGCUGUUGAAAGCGGCCGGGGAGCCGAAUGGCCGGUACGUACAGGAACGCAGCUGGAUCGACGCGCUGGUCGAGGUCAACGGAGGCUCUCCGCUGUCCACCAUUGGCAAACCAGAGAUGCACUCGACGUUCUACGCCAAAUCGCUCGUCGUCCCCACCGCGAACCCGCUCUCGCCAAACGCAUUCUCCGCCCUCGCGGCAUACUUCUCCGCGCACCCCGCGCCCGCCGGCACGUCCUGGUUCAUCCAAUUCGAGCUCUGGGGCGGCGGCGACAGCCAAAUCUCCUCUGUGCCUAGCACAGCCACGGCAUACCCGCACCGCGCGCACCUUUUUACGAUCCAGUUCUACGCAUACGCGACACCGGGGACGUGGAGCGCCGCGGGGGGCGUGCCGUUCGUCGACGGGCUCGUCGCGGCGCUGCAGCGCAACUCGCCGGGGACGAAGUUCGGCGCGUAUGCGAACUACCUCGAUCCGGACUUGAGGGACUGGAGGGAGAUGUAUUGGGCGGGGAACUACGCGGCGCUGGAGCAUGCACGGAUGAGCGUCGAUCCGCAUGGACUGUUCGCUAAGAAGCAGUCGAUUGGGGCUGAGAAAUACCCGGUGUAGAUCACUCAACCGUGGGAAGAUUGUUCCCACGGUUGAAUUGAAGUUGUCAUUGCAAAAGUGUAAUAUACAUAUUAGUUCCUCGAAGAUACGAGAGAUGAGGGGGGUGCACGAU